UCCCUUGACGUCCUGUCUGCCCUCACGCUCCUUCCCUUCUUCUUCAAUCUCGCUUGCCAGGCGCUGUUCCCUGCCGCCCACAUGGCAAGCGCGCCCGUGUCGCGACGAAUUCCCGAGGCAGGGGUCUGCUCAAUGCUCGCGCUGCAACACCAUCUGCGACAUCUCCAUCAAUCACCAUCUGUCCUCUCUCCUCCGCGUUCCCCCGUCACCACACCACCCGUUCCCGCCAUCUUCCGCGCCACCGCCAUGGGCCCUGUACUUUAGCCUAAGCCCGCUGCAUUGAUGCUUGCCAUCGCCUCUCCCUAUCAUGAUUUACCUUGUCGCAGCGCUUCCGCUCGCUGUGGGGCGAACCGAAGCCAAGCAGCCCUUCCCCCAUCGCGACCUCACCACUGUCGUCUGCUCCGAGCGAUGGCGGAGAAUAUUCCUCCCCAACCCUCGGCCCGCUAAGAUUAAAGGCCAUGCACAAUUCCCCAUACCCGCUCCAUCACACUGCUACUCCAACCCGUCCAGACAGGCCUUUCAUGUCCGCCCAAGCAAUGGCAUAUGAUAUCAGCCUUCACUGCUGCCAUCAGAGGCCUGACUCGUGGCUCGAGCUUCAUUUCCCUCUCCUCUGCAUCCAUCAAUCCGCCAAUCUCAUCCCAACGCCCACAAUAUAUACAUUCAUCGUUUUCCGGCUGCUUUUUUUCUCAUCUCCUUGUUGGCCCAUCUCCAUUUCUUCAUCCCUUUUUGGCAAUUUGCAUUUCAUUCUAUUUUGCCUUUUGCUUUCGUCAUCUUCAUCACAUCCUCCCUUAUCCGGCAUAACCUCUUGACCUGAGCAUUGCCCGGCACUUGUUUUGUUUACCCAACCACACCCCAUACUAAGCGAGUUCUAGGCAUAUCUUCCAGCAGAUGCAAAGAGGCCGUGGCCAAGGUCGAGGUAGAAAUACAGAUCGUGCCCGUAGCAGUUCAGGGAGAGGUGACCGAGCCCGUUCACGCAUCACAAUCACCCAUCGAGGCCGCAGUCGUGCUUCCAUACGACGCUCGGCACGCAUCGCGGAGAUUCUCAAUAACCAACUCAACACCCAUUCGCUCCAACCAUCAAACCACCCCAUGGCCAACGUUACAAGAUCUCGAGGUUUCAUGGCCCCGUCGGUCCGCUCAAGGCAGCCUUUAGGAAACAACCGUCGACCAAGAUCAAACAGACAUUCCGCUUCACCAGAAGACAUCCAGUAUGCCAUGGACAUCAUUGUGCAACCCCCCUCCACAUCCAGUGCUGGCUACGCAAUCAACGGCACCGUCAUUGUUCGUUUACGGACGACCAACGUCUAUGCGGACGACGCCAACAGGGACUCGUAUCAUCUAACCGCCCUCGCCUCCCUGAUACCGGCUGGGAAUUCAUCUGGCUCGUCGGAUCCAAGAGCGCUGGAUCGACUUCUUGGGGGCCGCCGUUAUGUGUCAGUGCACCCGUUUUCGGACGAUGAAGCCGAUGGAUCCAUUGCAGCAAUGGAGCUGGACGAUCCAAGGGGGGUUGGCUUAAUGCAUUUCCCCGACCUUAGCAUUCACCAGGCUGGCACCUAUCGAAUCCGCAUCACAUUGAUUCGCAUAGCAAAUCUCGAUGCCCCAACCAUUUCAGGGGGCGAGCACGUCCAAGCAAUUGACAGCAACCCGAUUGUCGUUCAAAACACUGGCUCAACUUCGAGGUCAUAUGAAGUCGAUGGAAACAGCGAAGACGAUGGUGGUUGGCACGAUACGCUAAGGGAAAUUUCGAUGCGUCAUAGGUCGCGGUGA